GCUUGGACGUGAUUGGUUGAUAGGGUAGCAUGGCGUUUGAAUGAAAGCAGGAAGAGCUGUAACAGCAAAGGAACGAGGUUAACUCUAUUUAGCGACUUUAGUGAGUUCUGUUACCCUCUAGCCUUGUAAUUUCUAGUCUUCUUUAUUGUCAGAGUAUGUCUUAGAAGUCAAAGGUCUGUGCGGUGAGAUAAGUAUUUCCUACUGUUUAUUUUCAGUGAUGCUAACAGUUUGUGUCUCAGAGUUAGCUUAGUUUCAACGAACACACGGACACAUCCGUCGGGUAAAAAGCUGCUAUUUGCAGGUACAGUCUAAUGAGGGGGGAACCACAGCUGGCAGGAUGCAGCAGAAAGGGAACAUCCAAAUCAUUGAGUGGGAGGACCUCGAUAAAAGGAAAUUCUACUCUUUUGGGAUAUUUAUGACAAUGGCCAUUCGGGUCACUGUCUACCCAGCUACACUGAUCCGCACUCGGUUGCAGGUGCAGAAGGGAAAAUCUCUGUACAGCGGGACCUUCGAUGCCUUCUUCAAGAUCCUUCGGGCGGAGGGCAUCCGAGGCCUGUACCGUGGCUUUAUGGUGAACACCUUCACAAUCGUCUCAGGCCAGGCGUACAUAACCACGUACGAGCUGGUGAGGAAGUAUGUCUCCCAGUACUCUGAGGCCAAUACCGUCAAGUCGGUGGUGGCCGGGGGCUCUGCCUCCCUGGUCGCUCAAAGCAUCACUGUGCCCAUAGAUGUUGUGUCCCAGCAGCUGAUGAUGCAGGGCCAGGGGGAGCACCUCACACGUUUCCGGCUCGGUUCCAACUCGGAGAACAGGAAGCCAGCCAGGUUUUUCAGGCAAACCAGGAACAUUGUGUCUCAGAUUUUUGCUGUGGAUGGCUUCAGGGGCUUUUACAGGGGAUAUGUGGCUUCGUUACUCACUUACAUCCCAAACAGUGCUGUCUGGUGGCCUUUCUAUCACUUUUAUGCCGAGCAACUCUCCAUACUGGCUCCCAGUAACUGCCCCCACCUGGUCCUUCAAGCCGUGGCUGGACCUUUAGCUGCUGCAACUGCCUCGACUGUCACCAACCCCAUGGAUGUAGUCAGAGCCAGAGUACAGGUUGAAGGGCGGACCUCAAUCAUUCAAACGUUCAGGGAGCUGAUCAGAGAAGAGGGCUACUGGGGACUGACCAAAGGACUGUCGGCCCGCAUCAUUUCAUCAGCACCCACUGCCAUCGUCAUGGUGGUUGGCUAUGAGACACUGAAAAAACUGAGCCUGCGACCAGAGCUGGUAGAUUCAAGACACUGGUAAAGAAAAAGAAGAAAAAGAAAGUAUUUGGACCAUGUGCCAAUUUUUAACCCUUAUGUUGACUUCCUGAAUUUAUUUCCAAUACAAAACAAUGUCGGAACAUCAUAGCAUUAAUAUAGUUGAGUUAAUUACCUGUAAAGACGAAGGAUUCAGUUUGUGAUACAACUGAACAAGUUUGUUUCUGUUUGACUCGGUAAGCUCUGAAGUGACAUCAACGCCAUGACAGCAGCAGAAAAACUUAUUUUUGUUAUGUUCAGCCUUCAUCAACAAAAUGAAAUCAUCUUUGUGUGACUAUUCUCAUGUUUUUAUUGCCUUUUUCCAAAGGCAUUUAAAAAUCUGAUCAAUCUUUGUGUUUAUUUUAUCUCUGUUGCAUAUACACUAUUUUAUUAGUAUUUUUCAGAAAUAUUAUCCUGGUGUUGGUGAUCAUUCUGGGUUUACAAUGUCUGUCUUUAUUAUACAGGAAGGUUUGUGUCAUUGAAAUCUUUUGCUUGUUAAAACUGUCCAAGCAACUCUGAGUGAAAACCAUUACCCUUUUGUGAAAUAUUUGAGUGCAAUAACGUUUUGUCCUUUUCAGUACAAAAUGUGUGGAUUGACAUUUCUUAAAGGAACUAAUUUUACCUAAUUUGUUUUCAUUUUAGGGUGAUAACCACAGAGCUUUUGGUGUCAAUGUCAUUUUGUUGUAUUUUCCUUCUUAUUUUGUGAAACUAUUGUGUUUCAAUGUUGUUCAUGUAGUUUGCUGCUGCUAUACGAGUGUCCUCAUUGAGGAAAAAUUUGUUGCAGUUUAGAAGAGAGAUUAUUUUUAAAUAAUCUCUCUUCUAAUUCCGCUUAAUUUCUAAUUCUGCUUAAUUUCUAGAAAUGAUUCUGUUUUUAAGAUAAAUUGGAUGCUGUUGAAAAGGAGUAAACAUAAGAACAAGUUUUAGUGUGAUUGGCAGACGGUUGCAGAAACCUUUAAUUGAAGCCAGAACUGCACAGGCUUUAUUUCUUUAUACCCAGACUUGUUGAGAUUCUGUGAACUACUGAGAAGAUAAAACUGCAACUUGCCGAUCUACAGUCAAAUGAUGCAUUCAAUUUUAAGUUUUUUGUUUUGUUUUGUUUUGUAUUUGCACAGCUCUGAGCAUCACUUAAAGUGUUUUUCAUUUUUGUGAUUGACCAGUGCAACUGUUGUUGAUGCCUCUCUGCUCCGAAAUACAUGUGGUGUUAACAGCAA